AUGGUUUGCUGCCGGGAAGCUGCCAAGGUGUGGGAGAGGGAUCUGGCAGCAAAGGCUGGGCUUGAACGCCAGAAGCAAGAAGAAGUCAACAGGUCACUGCAAGCUGCACAUCUGUCGAGGGAGCUGGUAAGGAAGCGGCGAGAGCAGCACAGUCUGGUGGACUUUCGGUUCAGCAGGCUGCACCAGCAGCUAGGGGUGCCGCAGGUGGCCGUGAAGCAUGUUCCCUCAGCAGGCUCGGAAACUGCUGUUCAAGCUGCUGUUGGGGAGAGGAACAG